UUAUACGAAAUUAUUAUAAAAAUUCAAAGUUCGCAAACAAAAAUAAAAUUUGUAGCUUUUGUAUAUAAAUACUAUAAAAUAUUCAGAAAUUGAAACGGAAAUAACUACAUACUUAACGUUUUAUUGUAUUUACAUGACAUGACCAUGCAGGAGGCAAUAGUGAAAGAAAAAAUUGCCAAUUUGGACUUGUCGAAGGUGACUGCAUUACAACAGAAACGUACAUUAGCCUUCGUAAAUCAUUUUGUAGUAACUACAGUGCAAUUCCUGAACCAUUUUAUGAAGAAUUGUGAGCAAAAAUUGAUGCAUUUUGAAAGAAAACUCGAGAAAGUUGAAGCUGCUAUGGUGUUAUUGGAAGCCAGGUUGUCAUCAAUACCUGAGGCAAAUACAACAGAGUCGGCUCAGCCAACACAAAACACAACUGUCAAAUCUGAAGACACAACUGAUCAGAAUGAAGCUAGUCCAACAGAUACUGAGAAUAUAAAAGAAGAAGAGAGUAAAGAGUCAGCACAGAGUCACCCGGAAUAUGAUAGAUUUGUUAAAAUGAUACAAGUUGGAGUUCCGUUACAGGCUGUGAAGUUAAAAGUAACUAUGGAAGGGUUGGAUCCUAGUGUACUUGAAACAAUAAUUAAUAAAUGAUAUUUUGUUAAUA